UCCUAAAAUCGCCAUUUUUGUUGUUAUUUUUGGGGCGAGACAAACAACAGAUCAUGUUGGAGAUUACUUGAUAGAACAAAUUGUUUGUUGUUGAUAUGUUUAAAGUGAGAGAUGAAAGAGUUUUUUAAAGCGAGAUACUAAUUACAAACAUACAGGAUGGCAACUGCCCCAGGGGAAGUAACUCAACUCCCAGGGUCAAGUGAUGAUGCUGCAAGAGUUGUUGGUGAAGAUCCAAGGGAUGGAAAAAAGAAGAAAUUCCGUCCAUUUGUAGCUAUGAAGAAAUUCUUCAAAGGAGGAAGCAAGAAGGGUAUUAAAUCAGAAAGUGCUGUAGCUAUAAAGUCUCGAUCAUUACAGGCAAUAACACAACAGGAUGAAAGUGAUGAUGAUGGAGGGUUUCGGAAGAGAUCAAGAAUGGGAGGCAGUAGAAGUAUGUCAGAGGACAGUGUCUUUAUACCAGAGGUCAAAGAACCAAAGAUGAAUGCCAUUAGACAGACGGCUAUUUCAAUGGAAUCACUUAAUAAAGAUUUUCAGAGUGAGCUAGCCAGUAAAUUAAAAAAGCGUUAUUCUCUACACUCAAGUGAUGAUGAGGCUCUACCCCAAAGCCCCACCCCUCCCAUUACUACUGCUGAUAUUGUUAUGGGUGGUGGCUUAAAGCCUUUGAAGUCUCCAAACAGAGGAAGUGAUAUUAGUAUAGACACAUCUGAAGCUGAAGAGGAUGAUCCAUUCACAACAGAUUGGAGGAAAUCUGUAGCUUCAGUAUCAGAAAGGAAAACCUCUACCCAAAGUCUUCCAGAUACAGUAGAAAUGGAUUUAGAUUUGUCUGCGAUAGGAAAGGAAACAUCAACACUGAGUAAUGAUGCUGCUAGACACAGGAUAUCAGUUAAACGUAACUUACCUAAGCGUCGACCUUCAGGCACUAGGAAAAAUAAGGACGCUAAGAGAGCCUCUGCUGCUUCACCUUUACCUCAAGUUAAAGAGGAGUCACCAACUAAAUCUGAUGACCAGAUAUCUCCUGUGACCCCUGAACCCUUGUCUCCAAAGUCUCCAGUCACGCCUAUAUCUCCCAAACCAUUGUCACCUAAACCAGCAUCUCCUAAAUCUGAUCUCUUUAGUAAAUUUGAGGACAAGAUACCAGAGAGAACUCCUCUUCCAAUAGUACAGAAUGUUGAAGAUAUGCCUCCUAAAACACUUGAGCAAAAAAAGGCAGAUGAACACAAAACUGUGAUAUCAAUUGCACAUGAAAGUGAAACAGGUCGUCAUAUAAGUUUUGGAUCAGGAACUAAACUGAAUGAUAAACCUGAUGAUAAACCUCCUAUAAAGUCCAUGAGUCUAGACAGAAAGAUGAAUUAUAACAUGUCAGACUAUUCAAAGCCAACAGAUGAUAUACGUCAUAUUGCCAAAUUAUCACGGCAAAGACCAAAGAGUUUACAUGACUCCAUGUUACCAUCAAAUACUUCUGAGGCUGAUUCAGAAUUGUCUAAAACUUUUAAUAAAUUGAAGAAAAAUUCUGUAAAAGAGGCAGAAAGUGCUAUUCCAACUGACUCAAAGCAAGAUACAGGAUUUGUGAUAGUUGGUAGUUUUAAAAAUAAAGACAGAGACAAAGAUAUUCCAUUUGGCGCUAGACGUCCCCAACCUAAAACUCAGUCUACCCCUUUCAAUGAAGGACUUACUACCAAGCCUGAAGUAUCUGCAACAACUACACAAGGUAAAUCAUCUUCGGCAAAAUCUGAUCUAGUCAACAAGCCAGCCAUGUCCCCGACAAAACAGAACAUAACAUAUGUUUUGAAAAAGGAACCUCUUAAAUCUCAGUCCUCCUUGUCAGGGGAUAAAAAAGACAGCUCUCCUUCAAAGCCAAAUGUUGCCAUGGAAACUAAAUCAGAAAGGACUGAUUCUCAUAAAGAUUCUUUGAAACAAACAUUAAGUGAUGGCAAAAAGGAAGUGGAAAAAGAAAUCAUAAUUGAUUCUAAAGGUGCUGAAAAUACCAAAGAUCCUAAAUCAAACUAUGAAAAUGUCAUUUUAAAUUUUGAACCAGGAUCCAAAAACAAAACUAGUGACACCAAAGAAUCAGAAAAAUUUAAGGACAAGGUUGUGAUUAUUAGUGCUGAUGAUAAUAACAAAGAUAACUCUUCUUUGAAGGGUCGUAAUUCAAAUUAUGAUAACAUCAUUAUUACAACGAAUGAUGCUGCAGCUAACAAACUUGCAUCACCUAGGGAAGAAUACAGAUUGAAAAGGGCGUCAAGAAGCCGUACACUUCCUGAGCAGCCAGUUACAGCUGAUAUAUUGUCUGGUAAGGCUACGACCAGAAAAGAUUCACUUACGCAAAGUUUCAGAAUAAAGGAGGAAAGCAUAAAGUCAAACACUAUUUUAGAAACAUCUGAAACUAAACCUGAAGAUUCUAAGAAGCUCAUGUCAGCUAGUAUGAAUGCAUCUUACUCUACAGAUUCUACUCAACCGUUAUGGAAGCAAAAUUUAAAGAAACGACAAGAAGAUUCAAAGGAAAAAGAAACUGAAUUAGCUAAGGAUAAGGACAAAACACCAAAGCCAACUUUUACUGGAGGUAGACUCGGUUCAUUUUCGGAUUCUGUGAAGGAAAAAUCAACACCAAAAUCAGUGUUUUCAAGUGGAUCAUCAGCAGAACCUUCCAAAGAUAAAGCAGUGCCAAAAGCUUCUGAAUCUUCAGGUUUUAAGACAAGUUUUAAAGGAAGUAGCUCAGGGUCAUCUGAGCCCCAUAAAGACACAAAAGUGAACAAACCUUCUUUCUCAGGCGUCGGUUCUAUGAACAAAGACCACAAGGACACAAAAAAUAAUGAUAAAAAGACAGAAACAAAAAGUGAUGAAAAAUCUCAGAUUUCUGCCUCAUCAUUUUCUAAAUCUUUUGGAGGUUCAACAAAAUCAUCAGCUACUGGUCGUAAUGUAAGUCUUGAUACACCUAAAGGAUGGAAAUCUAGUUCUUCAAAAGUUAAAAUAGAAAUUAUAGAAAAGACAGAACCAAGUGAAGAGAGCAGUAAACCUCCCACUGGUCGUACAACUACAGCAAAGAAAACAGAGGAGAAACCUGUGAAGACAGUACCAGAAAAAUGUGUUGACAGAAAAUCCAAGGUGUUAGAUAUGGUGAAGAAUUUCCAGAAUAACCUUCAAGUCAGCUAGUCAUAUUUACAGCAAGAGUUCUGUGCCUUGGUGGUUUACAUUCUUGUGUAAUCAUUUCAUAAGUAAAAUGGAUCUCCCUUAAAAAACAAAAUAGCAAUUUACUGGUAGUCCCAAACAUGACAUCAUACAACAGUAUUUCUGAUUGGUUUACUGUUUGUUAUCUAUAAAAAAAGAAAUCUUUAUAAGAGGGUUAUUAUGAUGGGAUACCUUAUAUGACUCUUCAUGAUAAUUAAAAGACAUUUAUUAUGGAUACAGACUCUUUCACAAUUAUUUUUUUUGCUAAUAGUAGCAGUUCAAGAUAGUUGGACAGGAACUUUGAAAAAUUUUGGUCAAUAUAACAUUUACAAUACAGUGGACUCAUAAUUAGAUGUCAGGUACCAAUUUUCAUGGGUUGAAGCAAACCACGAAUUCAAAUGUUCAACAGAGCGUAAAUUUUCUACUACACUACAUGCCAUUGUAUUGAAACUUUUGCAAAACCACGAAAUCAAGUAUCCAUGAAAAUACAAUUUUUCUGCUAUCCAAGAAAAUUGGUAGCCAAGAAACUAAACGAAUCCACAGUAGCACGAAAAACUUCCUGACCAAUCUCUUUUUUUGUUCAUACACACUAUAUUUAUGCACUCUUAUUUGGUUGUAAUUUUUUUUUAAAGCAUCUAGUAAAGGUAUGGUAUUCCGUUUCCCUCAAAAGUGAUGUAGAGUAAGCUUAUUUGGGAGAUUGUUUUUGUUUCAAAUGUACAAUUUUUAAUGAAUAUCAACAAAAAAGACUAUAUCCGGUAUUGGUAACACUUAGUUCACACCCUAUUACCGGUUAUCAAUACAGCAGAUACAAUAGGAUAUGUGUUCCUGAUUGUCAUUAAAAAACAUUUUGCUAUCAUGUACAGCAGAUUUUUGACUGCUUUUACAGCUGCCAUUACAAUACAAUGGAUAUUGCAAUUGUGUAUAGCAUAUUUUGAUCUGUGUUGCUGAUUGCAUCUGCAGUUCUGAUAGCCGAAAAAUAGGGUGUGAUUUUGAUCCAAUUGCAGGUAUUAUUUUAUUUAAUAUGUACAUAAUUUCCCUUCUGAUAUAGAAAUAGUCUAGUUUAUUGCUUGCUGUUAAUUGAAAAAUUUUAUUUCUAUUGAGUUGCUAAUAUUACAUGCACAUUUUACUAUAAUAAUAGUCUGAUAUUUGUGUAUAGAAGGCAGUAAAGUGAAAUUUUCAAACUCAGAGACAAACUUUUUUUCAUUUCUCUUCAUUCGAAUUCACAGGGGGUCAAAAUAGAAACAAAAAGUUAUAUUCAAAAUAACAUAUGGUUGUUUACUUAAUCUGUAUACUGGUUUUGUCUCUUGGAAGAAAAGUGAUUUCUUGCAUUUAAAAUAUAUAUUGUUUACCUCACCUGGGGUUUAAUUAGUUUUUCAAAUGAUUUGUGGUGUAUUGUAUUUUGGAAUGCAUACAAAAGGGACAUUAAAGUAUGUAAGAAGUGUAGUAUACCAAACUUUGUCUGUUACUGUACAGAUCUAGUCAGAGUUACCUCCCAUUUCUCAGUCAAUUAUUUGGAAGAUAUUUAAUGUUAGUAAAAAACAUAACCUGGAUUAUUUUAAUUGGGCAUUUUGCAACUAUUGGCAUUGACUUAGAUCGAUGUGUACAGUCACAUAAGUAUAACAAUUUAUGCAGCAUAUGGUAUACUACAUCUAUAUAAGUUUGUUUCAUUUAUUUUUUGAAUUUGUUACAAUUUUAUGAAGUGCAAUUAUGAUAAAUAUUAUAUUAUAAGUUUAUGUUUAUUAUGUUACCUGUCUGUAUUGGAUAUCAUAGAAAGUAGUAAUAUUUAUUUGAGUAACUUUGUAAAUAAUCUAUCGAUGGACAAUAGAAUUGUUUAAAAUAUAAAUUAUUAUGAACUUUGAAAUUGUUGUUAUACAAGCAAACCUUACUAUUUACAAGAAAUAAAAUGGUAUAAUGUUUUCUAAACAAAAUGUGCUGAACAUUUAGUUGAUUAUUUGGACUAAAACUAAGAAAGGACAAGUUAUUAUUUUUUUUUCAUUAGAGCAGGAUAUGUUAUCUUUUGUUAUAAGUAAAACUAAUUAGUCUUUCUAGUGAAUGUCUUUUGUAAAAUUAUGACUUUUUUGUAAAAUCCUUAAAUUUUUAUAAUUACUCUCAACAUUAAAAGCUUUUUUAUGAUUCAGUCAAAAGCCAUUGAGAUCAGUGAACAAAAUACAUCAUCAAAGUUUUCAAACCUGCAAACAAACAAUCUUUUUGUCAUCUGUUUACCUUGUCAAAAAGUUGUGUUAAAUAUAAUCUGAUGCUGGUCACCUUGAAAACUAUUAUCAAACAAAGAACAAAUUGCGUGCACUAUUUGUAACAUCUAAACAUGACAAAGUCAAUUCAUUCAUUAGUGUAUAAAACAUCUUUAAAUUAUGUGAAAUAUCAAUUGUGCCAAGGCAGAACCAAACAUUUUCAUGGCAAAACAUUCCAUUUCCAUAUAGUUUUAUUAAAAAAUGAAUAAAGUGCAUUAUAAAAAACAAUUGUGUAUUCAUAUAUUGUACCAGUUUUAUUGGCUUUAAGCUUAACUUUAUUUUCAUAAAGUGUAGAAAUUUUCUACUUUCAAAUUUUGUCUUACAUAAUUGCAAUUUAAACAUUUUCUUUUUUUAUUUGAUUUUUCUUAGAGUUUCUGUGAUAUGUAAAUUUUUUGUGAUUUAAUCUUUGUGGCAAUCAUAUUUUGUAAAUACUGCUUUUUGUGAAAUCUGUGAUUAAAUAUUCUCUCUUUUACUGUCAUUUCAAGUUGAUUGCAUGUAUUAAUAGGUAUGUGGUGUAUUUUACGCAAAAAUAUUUGAGCUUUGUGGAUAUUUUUUUUAUUUGAGAACGAUUCUGUGUAUCACAGUGCUGCAAGAGCUUAAAGAUAAAAAGAUUAACAGUGUGAUAUUUUAGUAGGCCACAAGCCAGUUAAUAUUGCCAAGUAAUAAUGUCUUUAGAAGAUCUCACUUGUCCUGCAGAUCUUGUAAAGAAUGGGAAAAUGUUUCACUUUUGUCGGCAUGUGAUAUCACUAUCAACUUAUAACAUCCAUUAUAUGAAUUCCAGAUUUAAAUAUAUAGUUGGAAUUCCUCUUAAAGAAAUAUAAAUAUCCUAUAUGUAUAUAUAAAUAUGUUACAUAGUCCUGUAAAUUAUAUCAUUAUUUCAUAUCAAGUUGUACAUAUUAAAAGUUGACAGAUAUUCUUUUCUCUUGCUUCUAUCCAUUUUUAAAAUCUUUUUUGUUUGUCUGUAUGUUAACUGGUUUAAUUUGUUGACCAGAUAUUGAAUGGUUGUUAUUCUUUGUGAUACACUGCCAGGUGAUUGUGAUGAUAUUACAUACCUAUAUAUAUAAUACAACCUGUGGAGAUUGUAUAUUUAACCAAAAAUCAAAUAUUCUAAGAUAUGAGGGUCUGGAUGGGGGGGGGGGGGGUCUUCAUUUCUGUAUUCUUUAAUUAUUUAGGCCAUUUUUCUCUAUUCUUUAUAUUUGAGCACCUCGUUAUUCUUUAUAUUUUUUGCCCAUUAUGCUCUAUUCAUUAAACCCCCAUCCACAAACUCAGAUAUGGAGUGGUUCAGAGAAAUUUUAGACAUGUCUUAUCACUUAAUACAGUUUCCUCAGUAAUUUCAGAAAUGACAGCUUCUCACUCCCUUUAACUUCUAUUUUUUUUUUACUUACCAUGUAAAGAAUCUAACCAAAGUACUCUUUAAAUUAUGACAAAGUCAAUUCAUUCAUUUAAAUUAUUUUUAUAUCCUUCGUUUUCCCUCAAUUUUAAGUCAUAGAUUCCAAUGUAUAUUAUUAUACUGUUCAUUUAUAUAGAGAUAAGUGAAAUGACCGCACAAUUUUGACUACUUCAAACUGAAAAUUGUAGCAGAAGUUUACUUUUGCUUCUCUAAUUGGUUGUAAAUAUAAUAUUGAAAACCUUUACUAUUCUGUAAUCUACCUAAAAAAUCUACCUAAAAAUUCCUUGCAGUUUGCAUAUCACUUGAAUCAGAUUGUGAACAUGGUCUAUCUUUACUGGUUGUAUUUCAUUUUAUCAAGCUGUGUACUUGGUCAAUUUUCACUGGUUGAAUUUCAUUUUCAUCAGAUUUUGUACAUGGUCAAUCUUGACUGGUUGUAAUUCAUUUUUAUCUUAGAGUACAUGGUCAAUUUUCACUGGUUGUAUAUGAUUUGUAUCAGGUUGUGUACAUGGUCAAGCUAUACUGGUUGUAUAUCUCCACAGGUUGUAUAUAUCAUUUGUAUAAAGACUGUGUACAUGGUCUAUCAUCACAGGUUUUAGAUCAUUUGUAUAAAGGCUGUGUACAUGGUCUAUCAUCACAGGUUUUAGAUCAUUUGUAUAAAGGCUGUGUACAUGGUCUAUCAUCACAGGUUUUAGAUCAUUUGUAUAAAGGCUGUGUACAUGGUCUAUCAUCACAGGUUUUAGAUCAUUUGUAUAAAGGCUGUGUACAUGGUCUAUCAUCACAGGUUUUAGAUCAUUUGUAUAAAGGCUGUGUACAUGAUAUAACAUUGUACAAUGAUACAUGUAUAUUUAUAUAUAUAUACUGAAGAUUAAAAAGUCAUUAUUCAUA